UUUUUCUUCUCUCUGUUUUCUGGCUUUCUUUUUUUUGAUUGGAUCAUCCAAAUUCGUAGGGUCUUAGUCUCUCAUGUCUUAUGUCGAUUGAUUUAGUGGAAUUGCAUGUGUGUGCUUUAUCUUGAGUGAUCAAUCAAAACUUCUGUUCUUUAUUCAGAUUUGUAAGGCCGUUGAUUCUUAAAGUCUGAAUCUUUGCUAUCUAUCUAUCAGUUCUGCUCUGUGCUUUCUCUCUCUUAGAUCUGUUGUUUGUUGCUCAUUUCUUUUUGAAUCAAGAAUGGUUUUGAGAUUUAUUCCUCCAAGUAAAUGCAAUAUAUCAUGACUUGGUUCUUCUUACUUGAUUUGGAUUAUAUAGGUGACUGAAAAAAACAUCUCUUUGUCUCUUGAUGGAUCUACUGUGGUCUGGAGAUUAGACAAUGCACAAAGAUUCAUUGCCUUUUCCUGUAAACUUCUUGGGAUAACUCUCUGUGUUCUGUGCUCACUAACUCAAACGUCCUAGGAUCUUCACCCCUGACUGACAACUGCAAUUUAAGCUUGACGAUUGAGAUGAUGUCUACUCAUUUCCCUAGAAUGAAGCAAACUGGUUUUCAAUUGCGGGACCAUGAUUCCUCCUCAACUCAGUCCACUGGAGGAGAGUCAUAUAGUGAAGUUGCAAGUUUAAGCGAACCUAACAAUCGUUAUGGCCACAACAUUGCUACCCAUCUCUCAGGUUACAAAGUAAACCCGGAGAAUACUAUUGGAAGUCAUUCCAAUUCAAUCUUGUCGAAAGUGUCUCAAGAGUCAGUGCUUCUUCCUAUUGAGGCGGCUUCUUGGCCUGAAACUCCACGUAUCAAUGGUUUCUUGUCUUUUCCGUAUGCAUCACAACACACGAUGCAGCAUCCUCAAAUUGGAGGGUUGGUUCCUUCUAGAAUGCCUUUGCCUCACAACAUUCCAGAAAAUGAACCAAUUUUUGUUAAUGCAAAACAGUACCAAGCUAUUUUACGUCGUAGACAGCACCGCGCAAAGCUCGAAGCUCAGAACAAGCUCAUCAAAGUCCGCAAACCAUACCUUCACGAGUCGCGUCACCGUCAUGCGUUAAAGAGAGCAAGAGGCUCUGGUGGGCGGUUCCUCAACACAAAGAAGCUUCAAGAGUCAAAAUCUCCACAUUCUCCUCUAUUCUCGGGCUCACCGCAUGUCUUCAAGAACUCUCCGGGAAAGUUCUGGCAACAGGACAUUUCAAGGGGCGGGGUCGGGUCAAGUGGCUCGACAACAUCUUGCUCAGACAUAACCGGGAACAACAACGACAUGUUUCAACAAAACCCACAGUUCAGGUUCUCAGGUUAUCCAUCAAACCACCAUGUCUCAGUCCUCAUGUGAGACUCUUAACUCUGGCAAGUGGUUGAUGAGAUCAUGACGGGAAGUCAUCCUUGGCUAUAUAUCGAUCCACAAAGUUUCUGUUUUUCAAGUUUGCUUUCAUUCUACAAUCUCUACUGCAAAAGAAGUUGAAAUCUUUCAACAGUUUUUCUUUAUUUUUUCUAGUGUGCCUUGUUGCUGAAUUACUUAUACUUUGAUUUAAGCUUAUCUGGCUUUGAUUAAGUGUGCACCCACAUAUGGAUUUGUGAUUUAUGUAAUGUAUAAAAUUAUUUGAGCUUAAUGUUGUUGCCUA